AUGGCAGCCGUCGUUUAUCUUAGUUAUACGGCAUGCAGCGGCGCGUCGUGGACAGCUCGAAUACUUGCAAGGAAAACGACGCGAUGCAGAGGUAGUCUCAUGACGUCGCCGAGCGGCGUGAAGACGGUACACGUCGUCGCCAAGAAGACUCCGUCGCCGACGAAACCGCACCGCGAUUUCGGCGGCAGCGAGAAGAAGUCGCCGCGGUCGGCCGACACGUCGCCCGCCGACGUCACGGAUCUGAAGCGCAUGGUGCAUUGCCACAUCGAGAACGAAAAGGAGGGCCGCGUGCUGUCGCCUGGCGGCGGACCACUGCAGGCGUCGGACGGCGACAAGAGUCUCAAGUCGGCGGGCAACGGCCUCGGCGAGCUGAACUUCGUUGUCAAGUACAACUUCGAGAAGACGGCGCUGCUCGUGUCGAUCCUGAAGGCGAGCAACCUACCGGCGAAGGACGCCAACAUGGGCAGUUCUGACCCGUACAUCAAGCUGCAGCUGCUGCCUGAGAGGCAGCAUCGCGUCAAGACGCGCGUGCUGCGCAAGACGCUCGACCCCGUCUACAACGAGGAGUUCACCUUCUACGGCCUCAACUACAACCAGCUGUACGGCGUCAUGUUGCACUUCGUCGUGCUCAGCUUCGAUCGCUACUCGCGCGAUGACGUCAUCGGCGAGGUGAUCUUCCCGCUGAAGGACGUCGACCUGAAGGAGAAAGAGGUGACCGUGUUUCGCGAGAUCUCGCCGAGAAAUCUAAAGGUACGUGACCUUUUAAGGCGAUCUCACACGAUCCCGAAGUGUUUCAAGCCGCAAGCGCUUAAAGUCGGAGUAGCGAUUAGUAGGAAUUUGGGAUGCAAAAUUUUUUCUGUGAUUUCCUUAGACCCGUACGUGAAGAUCUACAUGCUGUACAAUGGACAGCGCAUCGCGAAGAAGAAGACGCACGUAAAGAAACGCACGCUGAACCCCGUAUUCAACGAGUCGUUUCUCUUCGACGUGCCUGCCACCGAGGGCCUGCAGAAUAUUAGCUUAGAGUUCCUGAUCCUCGACUGGGACCGAGUCACUAAGAAUGAGGUCAUUGGGCGGUUGGUAAUCGGACCGAAGUCGACGGGCAACGCACUGCGGCACUGGAACGAGAUCUGCAACUCUCCUCGUCGGCAGAUCGCCGAGUGGCACCGACUGAAGGAGUGAUGCCCUCCUCUUGCACACAAUAUGAAGGGCGUAGGAGUCGGCGCCACGAAAACGCUGGCUCCAGGUUCGGUUAAUUCGUGAACUCAGAUCUACCCAACCGCCCACUAACUCCCUCCCACCUUUCGUCGGCAAAUUUCACUUAACAUGACACUCUUCUUGAUGUUUGUUUCACAAUAAAGCGCAAGCAUCUACGGGCAAUCUUGGCCCGAAACGGAAAAUACGGAAUAUUAGAGGUAAUGUUUGGGUAUGGAUGAACGUAGAGGAGGAUGCUUUGGGCCGAGAUCGUCAUAAUUUCCGUAUAUAUUUAAAAAGAAUUGUACGUGUAACGAACACCCACAGUUUCCUUUCUUUGAUGCAGAUAUUUUCGUACUUUUGUUAAUGAAAUUAUGUGAUAAUAUAGAGUCCUUGUUUUGUGAUGAAUAUAACGUAGGAAUGGGAGAAAUGGCGGAUACGUACGUACGUAAGGAUCGAUCGAUGGUUUUCCAUUUGCAUGCCUUUUCAUGCCAUCUCUAACGUUUACGUUACCAACGCUUUACGUUUAACAGCGUCGCACGUUGUUAUAAACGAAUCUGGAAAUUCUUAUCAGCAACCAGAUCAUUUCCGUCGAAAGAUAUUUGUGGCAUGGUGACGUGUGAGAUUAAUUAGAAUCAGAGGAUCUGUUUAUGAAUGCAGUGUAAAUAAACAUUGCAUAUCCUCAUUUGCACUUUUAAUGUGCAGUGUCGCGUCGCUAAAUGCCUGCGCGCGCCCCGUUAGAGGGAACGUACAUCGCAUACUUUUGCGGGUACGUGUUUUAUAAAAAAUAAUUCUAGUGCCACGGCGCAUAAAGCUGCUUAACCACAUUGUUAGGAUUUAAACGUGGUAGACAGACUCGCCAAGGCUUUAUUAUUCGUAUAUUACAUCCGCCAAAGUGCGAAUAAGGAUUUAAACUUUUUAUCACGCGACGAUAUCACGCAGGAGAAAACUGUUUAAUCCAAUCCCGCAACCUAUAGCAGCUGCAAGAGGCUGCUAUCAUGGUAUGGUUCCAAUUUGUGUAUUCUUAGAAUAGUGAUGUGGCGUUAUAUAUUGGUGUUUAUUAUAGCCUCGAGUGAAGCGCAUUUCAACCGGCGAAGCCGAGUGCUGAAUGUCUCGCUGAUAAAUAUUUCAUGUGACAGUACGAACGUGCGCGCGUCCCGCCUCCGUUUUUCUCUCUUCUCAUCUCUCCCACCUCCGUUCUCUCGGAGAGAGAACGAGA